GGCGUCGGCGGCGCGGUGAAUCGACAGCUCGAACGCGCGGAGGCGACGAAUAAGACGAUGGACGAGGCGUUUACCGAUCUCAGAGCGCUCAUGGCGAAGGCUGGAGAGAUGGUGACGCUCGCCGAGCGGCUCGCGGAGUCGAUGGACGGGAAAGGGGAAAGUUCAGAGCUUCAGCGUCUCGUGCUCAGUCUCGGGAUUACGAGUCCGGUGACGCGCGCGAACGCGGGGGCAGAGUUUCAUCGAGAAUUAGGUAAACAAUUAGCGGAUUGGAUAACGCCCGUGGUGCAAAAAUCGAACGGCAUCAUUACCGUCACCGAUGCGUUCUGUUUGUUCAAUCGCGCGCGAGGCACGGAGUUAGUUUCCCCGCAAGACAUGCUUCGCGCGAGCGAAUCGUGGGAGUCGCUCGGGGUCGAUUUGCACUUGCGUAAAUUUGAAAGCGGAGUGAUGGUGAUUCAUACCGUAGAACGCACAGACGAGGAAGCGUGCGCGCGAUUGCUCGCGCGAUUGCCGUCUUACGAGCAUUCAAUCGAUUCGUACGAGGCGGCGCAAAUAUUAGCGACGACGCCCGAAAUAGCGCUCGAGUACCUCUACAUGGCAGAAAGCCGAGGCGUUUUGUGUCGAGACGACGGACCUGCGCAGAUGAGAUUUUAUGCAAACAUGUUC